AUGAAGCCGUUAUUCGAAGUAGCUAGUCCUAAUAAUAUCACAUAUUGGAGCACGCGAGCAAAGCGUCUUGUUCAUUGCAAAAAAUUUGCUGAAGUUGAGAAUUUGCUGCUUGGUCUUCCUAACAGUCCGGAAUUUCAGGAGAAUGAAGAAAUCAAUCGGGCAAAAAUUGCACUCGCCUGGCAUAAAAAAGAUGUCCAAGCGGUGUACAAGCUCAUAGAGGAAGGGAUUUUCUCUCAAGGCGACGAUCUUAUUGAAAUAUGGGAUGAAGCUCAUGAACACGAGGCAAAAGCGAGAACUGCAGUCCAAAGAUUUCGCGUGAGAAAAAGAUUCCCACCUCCACGGAGCAUCUGCCCAUCAGGUUUUCGCAAAAAGAGAGGGAUCCCCAAAGAAACCAGUAAAGCACUGCAGGCGUGGCUCAUGCAACGCAUCAAGAAUCCCUACCCUGACACAACUGAAAAACUUAUGUUGGCUGAGCAACACGGAAUUACUUUAGCUCAGCUAAAGACCUGGUUUGCCAACGCCCGAAGACGUCUUCGAGACCGCAGCUUAAUAAAAUGUCCCAAGAAGAAGAAGAAGAAGAAUAUUUCGCAGCGGAGAACAAGACAAAAAGCGAGAAAAGACGUCGCUGUAUUAGAAAGAAGCGUAUCUGCUUCAUCUCUCAACGCAGCUCAUGCGCAAGAACAACCUCUGAGAUUUGACAUCGCUGAUAUAACGCCUCAAGUGAUUUGGAGCAGCAUCAUGACUGACUUACCAGGAGUGUCCCUGGUGAAUGGUAUUCCGCAGUUUGCCGCGCCUGUUGUUCCUGUAAAUGUUACUGUUCCCUAUCAGUUGUCAUGGUUACCCGCUGUACAUCCUGCCGCAUUCUUGCCCGUUCAGUUUUCACGGCCACCCUCGUACAAUUGGUCUGGUAAUGAAGUCGUCGUUGAGCCAACUGGCGAAGAGUACCUAUCGGAAUCUCAUGUGACUUAA